AAACAAUAUGGCGGCGCCCUAAUAGAUCCAUGAGUUAGACGUGGACGAGAAAGAUCCGUGUUUGCAGGUUUUGCAGGUUGUUUUGUAUAAACCUUCACAGCCAGCGGAGUGAUGGCAGAAAUUAACGACAGUCCAGUGGCCGGUUCAACAGAUCUUCCCCCAGCCCCUGAAACCGAUGAUCUAAAGACCGAGACUAAAGCUGAAGGGGACGGCAAGGCGGCUCCGGACCCGGCCCUGUACCGCUACAUCAAAGACGACCUCUUCACCUCCGAGAUCUUCAAAGUAGAGAUCAGGAAUCUCCCCAAGUUCGUCGGCUUCAACGACCUGAAGAAGUUCCUGACCAAACACGGCGUCAACCCGCACAAGAUCAAGCUGCUCGGGAAGCAGAUGUUUGCCUUCGUCACCUUCAAGAACGAGGAGGAGCGCGACAAGGCCAUGAAGAUGGUGCACGGCAUGCAGUGGAAGGGGCAGGUGCUGAGCGUCCGGCUGGCCAAGCCCAAGGCCGACCCCAUCCAGAGGACGAGGAGGAUGCAGGAGGACGGAGGGAGCGGAGCCGGCCAGCCGGCCGCCAAGAGGCCGAAGGGGAACGGGGAGGACGGGGACGGGGACGGAGAGGAGGAGGAGCCGCUCACGGUGCAGAUCGCCAACGUGGUGACUCCUCUGUGGAACGUUCCUUAUGAGGAGCAGCUGAGGAUGAAGGAGCAGGAGGUGGUGGAGGUUCUGCAGAGGCUGGCAAAAGAGAUCGGCAGUACCAACAAGUCCAUGCUGCCGUGGCUGUUUGCACAGAAGGGCAAAUACAACAAAAUGUGCUGUCCGCUGGAAGCUGUUAAGCCGUCUCCCACGCAGACGGAGUACAGAAACAAGUGUGAGUUCCUGAUCUCGGCGGGAGCAGACGGAGAAGAUAAGACCAUCGGUUUCCGCCUGGGCAAAUAUAAAGGCGGCUCGUGUGCGGUGGUGGGACCGGCAGAAACCUGUCACGUCUCCGCAGAGACCAAGACCGUGGUCAGGGAAUUCCAGAAGUUCAUCAGGACCACGGCGUACUCCGUGUACUGCCCGGAGACGUAUGAAGGCCACUGGAAACAGCUGACCGUCCGCACCACCAGGACCAAACAAGCCAUGGCCAUCGCUUUCUUCAACCCGCAGAAACUGGAAGAAGACGAGCUCAGCACUCUGAAAGACUCCAUGAAGAAGUUCUUCACAGAAGGAGAGGGGAAAGAGAGCGGCGUGACCUCUCUCUACUUCGCUAGAGAGGGCCAGAGGAGGUCUCCUAACCUGGAGGACCUGCCCUGUGAGCUGGUGGCCGGAGACGCCUGCAUUCACGAGGAGCUGCUGGGCCUGAAGUUCAGGAUCUCUCCUCACUCCUUCUUCCAGGUGAACACGGCUGCUGCAGAGGUUCUGUACUCGGCCGUGGGGGAGUGGGCCCAGCUGGACCAGGACAGCACCGUGCUGGACGUUUGCUGCGGAACCGGAACCAUCGGCAUCUCACUGGCUAAGCGAGUGAAAAGGGUGAUUGGGAUUGAGAUGUGCCAGGAGGCCGUGCAGGACGCCAAGGUUAACGCGGAGCUCAACGGUCUCAGUAAUAUCGAGUUUCACUGUGGGAAAGCGGAAGACGUGUUUCCAAACAUCCUCAACGCCGUGGUGUCUCCCAGCGUCACCGCCAUCGUGGACCCGCCCAGGGCCGGCCUGCACUCCAAGGUGAUCCUGGCCAUCAGGAGAGCGGCUCAUCUGAAGAGGCUCGUCUAUGUGGCGUGUAACGCCAAGGCCGCCAUGAACAACUUCAUUGAUCUGUGCAGAGCUCCGUCCAACAGAGUUCACGGGCCCCCGUUCCGCCCGGUGCGAGCCAUGGCCGUGGAUCUGUUCCCUCAAACCAAACACGUUGAAAUGCUUCUGCUGCUGGAGAGAGUGGACUACGACUCCCGGCCGUGAUCGUGGACUACGACUCCCGGCCGCGAUCGUGGACUACGACUCCCGGCCGCGAUCGUGGACUACGACUCCCGGCCGCGAUCGUGGACUACGACUCCCGGCCGUGAUCGUGCACUACGACUCCCGGCCGUGAUCGUGCACUACGACUCCCGGCCGUGAUCGUGGACUACGACUCCCGGCCGUGAUCGUGCACUACGACUCCCGGCCGUGAUCGUGGACUACGACUCCCAGCCGUGAUCGUGGACGACGACUCCCGGCCGUGAUCGUGGACUACGACUCCCGGCCGUGAUCGUGGACUACGACUCCCGGCCGUGAUCGUGCACUACGACUCCCGGCCGUGAUCGUGCACUACGACUCCCGGCCGUGAUCGUGGACGACGACUCCCAGCCGUGAACGUGGACUACGACUCCCAGCCGUGAUCCAGGACUAUGACUCCCAGCCGUGAUCGUGGACUACAGUUGUAGGAGUGGUUUGAGUAGCCUCAAAUAAGACAUUUGGAAUAAAACUACCACCUCAAUCUUCAGUGAGUUCUCAGAUGACAAAAUGGAUACGGUGGCGCAAGUACACAAAGGAAGGAAAGAAAAGAUGAGCAUAUCCAAAUUCAACAUAUUUCCUCAUGGCAUUUCAAAACUGAGGCAGAAAAAAGACAAAAUCAAUAGUCAGUAUUUGCUAAAGUAGAGCGUAAAAAGCUGCCUUGCAUUCGACGGCAAGAAAGAGGCACCAGCAAAUGAAAGAUUUGUGCUCGUGUAAAUAUCCUACCCUUUCAUUUUGUAAUGUUUCACAUACACUUACUUAACGAAAAAUUCAAAGACGGCAACAUCAUGGGUCCGUGUACUUUGCGGCCAUCCGUUUUUUUGUUUUGAAAUGACAGAAUAAAAAUAGAGAAAUAAUCCAAAAUAAUCUGUUUCCCAUCGUUUGUUUUGAUAAUAAAAAACGGAAAACGGAUCGUUAUCCGAUUUCAUUGAUGUGUUUGAAAAUCGAAGUUGGGAAUUAAAACAGCGAGUGGAAAACUCUUCUCUACAUCCUUGGAAACGA